AUGCCAGCGCGUGACAAAAUCUUUAUUAUCUCGAAAAAACGUCGAAAGCGAAUUCAACGUUUGCUGUCAGAGAAGAGCAUUAGCUCCAUAAUGAAAGACGGAUUGCAGGUAGCAGCGUUUUUUGGGCUAUUUUGCUAUCAACUGUUUACUUGGAUUAUCAGGCGCUUUGAAUAUUUCUUUGCUGUCAUCAAAACUUGGGGACAACAAGUUCUUCUGUGGAAACAAGUUCGAUUCGUUGAGCAGGUGGCAUCAAUAUACCUCCCUCCAUCCGAGGAACAAUUGAGGUUACAAAAGGCUGAGCGCAAGAUCGUGGAGACAAGAUUGCAAAAAAGACCGGAAAAACUUAAAGGAGUAGAAAAGUGCGUCAGCAGAAGCAAACGCUGGCUUACAGGAAGAGUAAUGCCAUACGGACAGUAUACUAUUCGGAACUGGGGCGCUAUACCUUUCGUUACUUUUUGCGCUUCAAGAACUGGUAUUAUUUCAGAGUAUUGGGUUGGUGACAUCGUUAAUUGA